GGGAUGCAGGACCGCUGGUCUCACUGGUCUCCAGUCGCUGAUGGCAGUGCAAGGCUGUGCAGCUCUUGGGCUACAGUGCCCGGGGUUGGUUUGGCCGGCCACUGCUAGCACGGGCGCUGUUGCGGGUGUCGCCUGCUGGGAUCAAGCUGCUGCGGUGCCCUCCGCAGCAAGACGCACGUCGCGGUCCUCGAGAGCGAGCCCGGCACUAGCAACUUCUGCUUGGCGAGCCUAACUUCUGCGCGGGGUUCGGACUUGAAGAUUCCGAGUGGGGCACCGCGCGCAGUUGGGGCGGUGGCCCCGCCAGCUCACCGUCACCGAGAUGACCUCCUCACUGUGUUUCUGGUGCUUCUGCGUCUGGGCCGCUGCCAACUGGCCGCCAGGAAGCGCCCUACAGCUCCAGCCCGGCAUGCCAAAUGUUUGCAGAGAGGAGCAGCUGACCUUGGUAAGACUGUCACGCCCGUGCACCCAAGCUUUCAUAGACACCAUCCAGUUCUGGAAACAAGGCUGCUCAGGCCCUCGGUGGUGCAUCGGAUAUGAAAGACGGAUUCGCUACUACAUCAUCUACAGACAUGUGUAUGCCAUAGAGCACCAGACAGUCUUCCAGUGCUGCCCUGGCUGGAGCCGAUGGGAUGAUGAACCAGGCUGCUUCUCCUCUGUCUCUUCCUUGGGAACUCAUUUCAGUGGAAGGGAGUGCUCAGAUGGGGAUGCUCAGCAGUGCCUUUGUUCACAAGGAUUUCAUGGACCUCACUGUCAAUAUGAUAUAAAUGAAUGUGCUGUUGACAAUGGUGGCUGUCAAGACAGAUGCUGUAAUACAAUUGGCAGUUAUUACUGUGUAUGUCAAGCUGGCCAAAAGCUGGAGGAAGAUGGCAGAGGAUGUGAAGAUGUGGAUGAAUGUGCCAUGGUGAAUGGAGGCUGCCAGCAGCGCUGUAUUAACACUCUGGGCACCUUCCACUGUGAGUGUGACACAGGAUACAGACGCCACACUGACGAACGUACCUGCAUAAGAAUUGAAUUAGAAAUUGUCAAUAUCUGUGAGGAGAACAAUGGCGGUUGUUCUCAUCACUGCGAGCCUGCAAUUGGUGGAGCCCAUUGUUCCUGUAACCACGGACAUCAGCUCAAUACAGAUGGAAAAACAUGCAUAGACUUUGAUGAAUGCGAGAGCGGAGAAGCCUGCUGUGCCCAGCUCUGCAUCAACUACUUAGGAGGCUAUGAGUGCAGCUGUGGAGAAGGCUUUCAGAUCAGUUCAGAUGGUUGUGGAUGUGAUGCUUUAGACAAUGAGCAGUUAGAGGAGGAAAAAGAGGGAAUAGACAUCGUGAGGUUUCCAGGCCUUCUGGUUCAGAGCCUACCUCAGCCAUUCCCUUAUUAUGAUACUUCUCUGACUGCUUCAUAUGAAGAAGACAGUGAUGAUGCUGAUCAAGAAGCAGAAGGACAGGUUCAAGAGAUGACAGCCUUGCACAGAGUUGUCUGUUUAGGUGGCACCUUUGGCUGGGACUGCAGCUUGAGCUGUGAAGAUUGCAUGAAUGGAGGGAGAUGCCAAGAAGGAAACAGUGGGUGCUUCUGCCCAGCAGGAUGGACUGGCCUCAUAUGCAAUGAAAGCAGUAUCCUAAGAACUGGGGGAGAGCAGCAAGCUCCUGUGGGAUGCCUGAAAGGGUUCUUUGGGAAGAACUGCAAAAGAAAAUGUCAUUGUGCUAACAAUGCACAUUGCCACAGGGUAUAUGGUGCCUGCAUGUGUGACCUAGGGCGCUAUGGAAGAUUCUGCCAUCUUAGCUGUCCCAGGGGAGCCUAUGGAGCUGGCUGUUCUUUGGAAUGUCAGUGUGUGGAAGAGAACACCCUGGAAUGCAGUGCCAAAAAUGGUAGCUGCACCUGCAAAUCUGGUUACCAAGGCAACAGAUGCCAGGAAGAAUUCCCCCUUGCCAGCCUGAGCAAAGGAAGAAGAUCGCACAUCUUAAAAUUAUAUCUGGAAACAAUUAAAGCUCAAUAGCAUAGACUCAUCAACCAAGACCAUGCCCUCCUCCAGCAUGAAAGACUUUCCUUUUCCUAUCUAAAAGCCAAUCAUCCAAACAAAUUUAUUAAUACUUUCUUAAUACUGAUCAACUUAAAUAUGGAUACCAGUACUGUCAUUUCUCAAAUAUCUAGAUAUCAUAUAAUUUUAGACAAAUAUACAAGCAAAAACUAUGAUUCCAAUAAUAAGAAACAUGUAUAGAUAUGUGUGUGCAGCUUCAUGUGGAAUUUAGGGAAAUGCUAUUCCAAUCUGUCAGCAAGCCACCCUGGCUUGUAGACUCCAUGAAUACUUGUUUAUGUUUCUGAUGUCUAGUCACCUUGUCACUGACUUCCAUUGAUGCCACUUCUUAAGAAGGCAGUUUUCCUGGAGUUCUUUUUGUCGCUCAAUAGUAUGUCUCAUAUUCUAAUCUAGCCUGUUCACCCAUUUCUAUUGUGUUUAAUACUGACUGCCCAUUCUCUUGCUAGAAUCCAGAUUCCAUGUAGGCAGUAUAUCUGUUUUUUUCUUCUAGUGUUUCCUCAUUUCUGCAAUAAAGACAGUGGUCAGUAAUUCUUUGCUUAAAUC